AUGAAGCUGGUCAAGAUGCUUGCUCACCUGCUUUGUGGGGUCAACGAUCGACAACUGAACGAUGCAACUGUGCUGGCAAGGGUGGAAGGGUACGAGGAUGUACAACGAACUAUAAUUCCGGCUUCACAGUGUGCCGUCCAAUACACAUACACUUAUACGCACAGGAUGUACAGACCUGCCCCAUGGGCUCCCGAACUCAAGAUGCGAAUUCGUCGACCCGAUCCUGCGAACCAAACUGGGGCAAGCUUUGCAGAAACGGGCCGUCCACCGUCACCCUGA